AUGACUGUACUGAGCUCCAAGCAAAUCUUACAGAACAAAAGCUCCAAUGAUCCCAAUUCCAUUACAAGCCUUACCCUUACCCACAAAGCACUCUCUGACGUUUCAUGUUUCAGCGAGUUCAAGAACUUAGACAAACUUGACUUGGGUUUCAACAAUUUGUCUUCGCUUGAGGAUUUGAAGGAUUGUGUGAAUUUGAAGUGGUUGUCAGUUGUACAGAACAAGCUUCAGAGCUUGAAAGGGAUUGAAGGACUGACUAAACUGACUGUAUUAAAUGCUGGGAAAAACAAGCUUAGAUCAAUGGAUGAGGUCAUGUUACUUGUGAGCUUACGUGCACUUAUCUUAAAUGAUAACAAGAUUGUUUCAGUUUGCAAGCUUGACCAAAUGAAAGAGUUGAACACUCUUGAGGCCGUGAAACGUGUCUCUUCAUCAGUUCUUUCCAGGAAUGCCAUCCGUGAAAUUGGUGACUCUCUGGUCAAGCUUAAAUCAAUCACAAAACUCUCUCUUUCAAAUUGCCAACUUCAAACCAUUGGUUCUUCACUCAAGUCCUGCAUUGAGUUAAAAGAGCUCCGACUUGGUCACAAUAAUAUCAAGACUCUCCCAGCCGAGCUGGCUCGCAAUACAAAUGUCCAGAAUUUGGACUUGGGAAAUAAUUUGAUUACAAGCUGGUCAAAUCUGAAGGUGCUGUCUUCAUUGAUUAACCUUAAAAACCUAAAUCUGCAAGGGAACCCUAUUGCUGAAAAGGAUAAGCUAGCAAAGAAGAUCAAAAAACUGGUGCCAAACUUGCAGAUAUUCAAUGCUAGACCUAUAGAUAAAACUAUGGGGAUUGAGAAGGGUGAGAGAGUUGACGAUUCUUCAGUUAAUAUUGGUGACAAACUAGUGGUUCAAAACCGGGGGCAAAGAGAUCACAACAUGGGAAACAAGAACUCGAAACAUCGUGGAGAUCAAAGGGAUGAUGGUCAUCUUGAUAAUGCUGGGGAUCUGGAAACGAGGAAGGAAUUGAAGCUUAGAAAACAAAAGAGACAUGAACUAUCGCCAGAAAAAGCAUCUGUUCACAAGGAGACUAGUAAUGACACUGAGAAGGGAGUAAAGAAAAAGCUGAAGAAGAUGCAAGAAAAUGAAUACCAUGACAUUGAUGAUGGAGAAACUCCUCACGUGGAUCCUGAUGUGCAGAAGGAAUUAAAGCACAAGAAAAAGAAAAGAGAAGAAAUUUUGAAGGAGAAAGCUUCAGAUGGUAAGGGGGAUGGUACCAUCAUUGGGAAGGAAAGUAGAAUACCAAAGAAGGCAAAACAGAAAGAAGACAGUGUAAUUGAUGAUGUAGAAACUCCAUUCGUGGAUCUUUUUGCUGCUGAUGCCCCUGAAAAUGUUGAGAACAGCGCAGAAAAGGGGAGAGGUAACAGAACUGUCCAAGACAUCAAUAUGAAUGAUGGCAAAGAUACCUUCCCGACAAAGAGAAAGAAAACCAAGAACCGGGACAAGGGUACUGAUGCUCUUCGGCUGUUGUCAGCCGCUACUGAAAUUGGAUUGGGUGGGGCUUCAACAUGGGAUGAGUAA